GGCAACGGGAGCGGAGAGAGGAAAGCUGAGAGCCCGAAGGCAGAAGCCCCCACCACCGCCGGCCCAGGUUACCAUCUAGCACCGGGAAACACAGCAGAGAGCCGCCGCCGGCAGAAGCCCCUACCAACCAGUAGUAACCAUGAGCAGCGAGGCCGAGACGCAACAACAGCCGCCGCCUGCUGCCGAUGCGGAAAGUCCAUCCAGCCCGGCAGCCGCAGCUUCCGCGGGGGAUAAGAAGGUCAUCGCAACAAAAGUCUUGGGUACAGUCAAAUGGUUCAACGUCAGGAAUGGUUAUGGUUUCAUCAACAGGAAUGAUACAAAAGAGGACGUUUUUGUACACCAGACAGCCAUCAAAAAGAACAACCCGAGGAAAUACCUUCGCAGCGUGGGAGAUGGAGAAACUGUGGAGUUUGAUGUAGUCGAAGGAGAGAAGGGAGCAGAGGCGGCAAACGUCACUGGCCCGGGAGGCGUCGCAGUCCAGGGAAGUAAGUACGCUGCGGAGAGGAACCGCUACAGGCGCUAUCCCCGAAGGAGGGGCCCUCCACGCGGAGGAGACUACCCGGAGAACUACCAGAGCGACGGCGAGGGCGAGCCCGGCAGCGGACGAGACAAAGGCAGCAGAGAGGGCGGAGAGAGCGCCCCUGAAGGAGACUCGCAGCAACAGCGCAGAACCGCUUACACUGGCAGACGGCGCUUCCCGCCAUACUUUGGAGGAGAGGGUGACGAGAACCAGGGAGGUCCAGACCAGGGAAAACCCGUGAGGCAGUACUUCAGAGGCUUCCGACCAAGGGGCCCACCCCGUCCCAGACCGGUGCGGGACGGUGAAGAGGACAAGGAGAACCAGGGUGGCGAAGGUGGCCAGAAUCAGCAGCCCCGCCAGCGGCGCUACCGCCGCAACUACAACUACCGCCGCAGACGCCAAACAACUGGUGGUAAACCCGGCCAGGAAAACAAGGAGGCCAAGACAGGAGGUGACCCAUCUGCAGAGAAAACGUCCGCUCCCGAGCCCCAGCAAGGUGGGGCUGAGUAGGAAACAACUUGCCCACCGGCACCUACCAUCUUUUACCAUCGUCCGGUUUUUUUGUCAACAAAGAAGAAACAUCAAACAAGAUCUGAGCAAUAAAGAUUUGACUUGACGAUCGUCAUAAGCUUGCACCAUGCAUUUGACCAGUUUACCGCCGAUUGCCUGCAGAAUCUAUGCAGACCUGUUUUUUUUCCAUUAUUUUUAUGUGACAGCUACAAAAUGUUCUGGGGAAACAGCAAAUGUUUUUCUAAAUCUGUCCUAAGUUUUUACACCAAAUGGUUUUUAAAGAUAAAAAGGAAUUUGAUAUCUGGUCAGUUUGACAUUUUUAAAUAACUUUUUAUGUAUUCAGACAUUUUAACAAAAUGCAAGCUCAAAUAAAAGUCCAGAAACCA